CCCGGAGAGCGCGCCUCCCCCAGGCCGGCGCCGCGGCAGCGCGGGUGCCAAUAACCCGAGUGUGGAUUAGUAAUAAUCGCGAUCAUGGAAUCUCUUUUUUGGUCGCCCAAUGUUCUGGGUAAAUGUCGUGGAGACCACUGUCCCUAAUUUCUAGAUUAGGAAACUGAAGCUGGGUUACCGGGCUCCGUUGACCACAGGGCCAGGCGGAAGGGGGGUCCCCGAAGGGCCAGGGAGCCCAGAUGGGGCUGAGUGGGGCAAACCUCUCCCCAGGGGCCGGGGCGGCAACCGAGCAUAGAGACCCGGGAGGGGCAGCGUCGGGGAGCCCCUGCCCAGCGGGCUGGGACGCGACGGGCGGCCGGCAGAGGGAACCCGAGGGUGAGGAGGAAGGGGGUGCGGUCGGCGAGUUGCUCCUGGGUCCGCGCGGCCGUGGAGCAGGGUGGCGGGUGCCGCGCACAAUUUUCGGUUGGCCAGCUCCGCUCCGGGAUCCCCUACCAGAAGGUCCCCGAGAUGAGGGGGGAUCCUGGCGGGGGAGGAUAGAGCCGAGACUAGAGAAACCAUUGGUGCCUCUGACCAGCGUCCGCUAACGCCUUCCUGAAGGAUAGGUUUGGACCGGCUCCUGGAUCCAAACUCUUGCAGGGCCAGGAGACAAAAUGUCCUAUUUUUUGCCGAUAUCACUGGCUUCUGAAGAUAAAGGAAAAGAUGACUCAGUCAAAAAGGACAAGCCAUAUAAGAUCUUUUUCAAAGAUCUGUUUCUUUACAAAGAAAAUGAAAUGGCAGCAAAGAAGAAGGAAAAAUUUAUAAACCGCAGCAUGAAAGUCUACCAGAAGUCUACUUUUUCAUCUCGAAUGAAGAGUCGUUCACACCUGGGCCAAGUAGCAUUCUACUCUGACACAGCUGGGGGCUCAUUCGAAAAAUUUGGGCUAGAUCCCACUUUUAUUCUAAGAUUAACAGAAGGUGUGGACACAAAAAGGACUAUUCAUGAAUUUAUUAAUGACCAGAGAGACCGGUUUCUGCUGGAGUAUGCCCUGUCAACCAAAAGAAAUACAAUUAAAAAGUUUGAAAAACACAUGGUGGCGAAGGAACGGCAACUCACAAGAGCCGAAAAAAAGCUCCAAGAAGAUGCAAUGGCCUUUGAAGAGUUCCUUCGAGAAAAUGACCAGAGAUCUGUAGAUGCUCUUAAAAUUGCAGCACAGGAAACUAUAAACAAACUCCAAAUGACAGCAGAACUAAAGAAAGCCAGUAUGGAGGUACAGGCGGUGAAAAGUGAGAUAGCAAAAACAGAAUUCCUCCUUAGAGAAUACAUGAAAUAUGGAUUUUUUCUGCUGAAAUUGUCUCCAAAACACUGGCAAAUCCAACAAGCACUGAAAAGGGCGCAGAUGACAAAGAAUAAAGAGAGUAUGAAUGUCAGUCUUCCAGUACUAACAAAAUUACAUACAACGAAAACAGAGGGUAGUAAUGAGGAUGCCAGGAAGAUAUCAUUUUCAGAUGACUAUUACAUGGAAAGACGUCGCCAAGGAAAACCACACAAGAAGCCCACUCUCACCGUAGAGAAUAAGAAAUCAUCCUUAUCAAGCCACGCUGAGAGUAUCAGUUCAGAAGACAGCUUGGAAUUCUUUUUAGACAACGAUACGAACUAUGAUCUGGAACCAGAGCUUUAUUUCAAAGAACCAGAAGAGUUACUUCAAGUCCUCACAGAGCUGGAAGAGCAGAAUCUAACUUUGGUACAGUAUUCCCAAGAUGUAGAUGAAAAUCUUGAAGAUGUAAAUAAAAGAGAAAAACUUAUACAGGAUAAAAUAAAUAGCAACAUAGAGUUUCUUCUGGAGCACAAGGAAAUGCUUAAGGCUAGCUGUGUGAGAGAAGAGGAAAAAGCAGCAGAACUGGAAUUAAGGUCCAGGCUAUUUAGUUUUGGAGAAUUUAAAUCCGACACUCAGAAGCAGGAAUUUGGGCAGGAUGCUACCUGGAGAACGAUUUACUUUGCCCAGCAGUUUAUUGAGAUCCUCUUAACUGCGAAUGCCAGGUUCACGGUGGAGAAAGAGGCUGAGAGUUAUUUGGUCCCGAAAUACGUUACCUACAAGCUCGAGCAUAUCUACCAACAGUUAAGACGGCGCAGUGGCCAGGAAAAACUGAUAGACUCUCUUAGUAAAAAAAUUAAUCAAGUAUACAAAGUCUGCAUUGGAGAUGCUGAUGUUGGCAGCCUCAACCCAGUUCAAAAGCUGGUAAAAGUAGAGUCUCGCCUGGUAGAAUUGAGUGAUCUCAUUGAAUCCAUUCCCAAAGAAAAUGUGGAGGCAAUUGAGAGGAUAAAACAGAAAGAACGGCGACAAAAGUUACGUGAAGAGAAAAUGAAAGAAAAACAAAAACACCAGGAGGAAAGGCUAAGAGCUGCUCUGGAAAGAGCAGUAGCACAACCAAAGAAAAAGGUUUGUGUUUUGUUACCAAUAGGUCCAGCUACAUCAAUAUGUGAGUGCUUCUGUGGUAUAAAAACAAAAUACCUAAUUCAUAUAAUUUAUCCGGCUUUGAUUGGUCUCUCAUUCCCUGUUAACUUUGAGGAUAAUUCAAAUUUCUGGGUCUACAGUUCUCCAUUAGACGCACUUUUUAGUAAAAGAAACCUUUCCCCUCUCUUUUUCUUUAGCUCCAGGUUCAUGAAACCAGGUAAUUUUUUCUUUAAUUUUUUGAAUACAUAAUGACAAGCAUACGGCUCAAAGUUCAAAAGAUACAAGAGUAUUUAGUGAAAAUUAAGUCAUCCUUAGUUCCCUUCCCUGGAUGCAAUCUCUUAAAGUUUCAUCUGCAUCCUUCUGGAAAUAGUCUAUGUCUUUAUGUAUAUCUUCUUCUCACAAGUAACAGACAUGAGCCUUGCUAUAUUCAGUCAACAAUGGACACAGCAAAUCCAAAGAACUACAUAUAAUUGGAAGGGUCUUCUAAUCCUCACCUUAUAAAAUAUAAUGAGAUUAAUAGUUGAUGUUAAAAUGAUUUACCCAGAGUCACUUCAGAUUUAGCAGCAGGUCCAGGACCAGAAGUCAAGGUUCUUUAUAUUGCAAGAUUACCUAUCCAAUAAUAAGUAUGGGAUUGGGCAGUCACUGAGUACGUGGUCCAUGACUUCCCACUGGGUACGGAGGGCCUUGUGUUUCUAUAUGCCGCUCUCCUUCCUCUGGGUUAAGGUCUGAAAUAUACUUGGGGAAGCUAAUUUCAUGGUUAUCUGCAAAGCUACUAUGGACAGUGAUUCUUACCACAGUAAUAGCUAACCUACAGUGAAUGCCUCUUGUGUGCCUCACAACCAGCCUUUUGAGGUAAGUACUUGAAAAAGCUUCUGAAAUGCAGUAACUUAAUAUGUAUGUCAAAAAGUGUUGAUUAUCUUAAUUUCAUUUAAAUAAGCAUUUCACCUUAAAAAGGGUCUGACUUGUCUAGUUCAGCUCUUCCUAUGAAGACCGGACUUGUCCUCUUUCUCCCAAAGGCGAAUUAACCAUUCAUCACCCUUCCACGUAUACAUACUACUAUUCACUAAGCUCACCAAGUUGAAAUGAUUAUUUUUAAUAGAUCCAUCUUUCCUUCUAGACCAUGAGUUGAGUUUUUAUGACUUUGUGUCCCCAGUGCCUGGCACACAGUGGAUGCUCAAUGCUUAUUGAAUUAGCAGACUAAAAAUUAAGAGUGAAAACUAAAAUGGGAAGAAAAAUGAAAAAAAAAAUAAUGCCCAUUUGAUCAGUUGACAAUGUACAAAGACCUCUGACAGAAGUUCUUAUCUAGUCAAGGCACUUCAUCACUGGCAACUUUUUCAGACAGUAUUGAUAACGAAGGUUACAAAAAGAUCGUUGACAGAGAAAAAAAAUGAUAUUAAGAAAGGAAUUUGGGGAUUCCAGUCCCUAAGGACAUUUUUGUUGAUAAAAUGAUGGGAAGGACUGCCAUUGUUAAUUCCCAUGGGCCAGGAAUGUCAAAUUCUGCAAUGCAGGGGACAGUCUCACAUAGUGAUAGUGCCUCUUCUGAGACACAGUGGAGAUAUUCCAUCAAAUCUCAUUUUCAACAGAACAGCUUUCUCAUCCAUUUCAUUUAUACAAAUUCAGAUACAGAAGCAAAAUCAAAUAAAUACAUAAAGUAAGGGGAAAAAAGACUAAAAGAGAAAAAUAAUGAGUAGUAUAAUAUACUUGAGUAUAUGCCCCAGAGAAUGAAUAGGUACAAAUCAAGGGCUUUCCCUAAGCCUCUCCUGGUGGGAACACAUCUAAGAGCCAAUAGGAUUACUAGUGUUUAAGAUGAUGUACGUGGUUUCCUCAAGUUUUUAUCUAAUAGAAUUUUUAAAUGCCAGUCCACUGGUGUUCAGCAGAGGAAAUUCAUCUCUUCUAACCAAUGGAAGAGAACCUUGCUACGGCCCUGAGAAAUGAAAUGUUGGCCUCAAACAUGGCGCUUUUCUAGGCCGACUGUAUCUGAAACACAGGCUUUUCGAGGACUACCUGAAUCUCCCGACUUUCCCAUAAAACCUAACCACUCGGUCUCCUGCAUUCUAUGGUGCUCUCUUUGUUACUUAACUCUGCCUAGCAUGUUGGACACCCAUUAGGUUAUCAAUCCCUUUAUUAUUUACUAUUUUGACUCAUGUUAUUCCUUGGAAAAAUCAAGUUAAUGUUAUUAUUUUACUUAUGUUUCAACAGAACAUAGUUAUGCUAAAAAAUAUUAAGUAUUC